UGGCUUGGUGGUUUCCGUUCAUCAGAGCUCCUAAAGCUUCUUGUAAAUCAAUUAGAGCCGCUCACAGAACAGCAAUUGUUGGGCAUAUCAAACUUGCAGCAGUCUUCACAACAAACUGAAGAUGCAUUGUCACAAGGCAUGGAAGCGUUGCAGCAAUCAUUGGCUGAGACAUUGUCCAGUGGAUCUCUUGGCUCUUCGAAUGCGUCUGGCAAUGUGGCUAACUACAUGGGCCAAAUGGCCACGGCCAUGGGGAAACUUGGGACUCUUGAGGGGUUUAUUCACCAGGCUGACAAUCUACGACAACAAACACUGCAACAAAUGCACCGAAUAUUGACAACUCGUCAAUCAGCUCGUGCUCUUCUUGCAAUCCAUGAUUACUUCUCUAGACUACGAGCCCUUAGUUCCCUGUGGCUUGCUCGUCCAAAAGAGUGAAUGACGUUUUGACGUCUCCCCAAGUAUAUCGACAAAAGCUAUUAGAAAAACAAUUUAACAAUGCCAUAGUUUCCAUUUUUCAUUUGUGUGCCUGAUUAUAUGGUAUCUGUCUUGUGAUAAUUUAGAGAUGCUACUUGCAACAAUCUGUAUGUAUCAUUGUAUCUGUAUGUUAUUCAAUGCGAGUAUCUUUUUUGAUAGAAAA